AUGGUGUUCCGGCCGCCAAUGGAACAUCUGAAAUUUCCCGGUGAACGGGGAAUGCGAGCACCUCAACCACCAGAAAGACCUUGGAUACCAUUAGCUAGGCCGUCCACGACUAAACCUUCUUGUUUGAUGACAGUGAUGUGCUAUAAUGUACUCUGCGAUAAAUAUGCAACAAGGCAGAUGUACGGCUAUUGUCCAACCUGGGCCCUUGCCUGGGAAUAUAGGAAGAAAGCAAUCCUAGCAGAAAUAAGACAUUAUACAGCUGACAUCAUCAGUUUACAGGAGGUUGAGACUGAUCAAUUUUACAAAUUCUUUUUACCUGAAUUAAAAAGGGAUGGUUAUGAUGGUAUCUUUUCACCAAAAUCAAGAGCCAAAACAAUGGCAGAAAGUGAAAGAAAAUAUGUUGACGGCUGUGCCAUAUUCUACCGCACUGCCAAAUUUACACUGAUCUCUGAACAUUUGGUAGAAUUUAAUCAGCUUGCAAUGGCUAACUCAGAAGGCUCUGAUGACAUGCUGAACAGGGUCAUGCCAAAAGACAACAUUGGCCUCGCGGCAUUGCUUCGGACCAAAGAAGCUGCAUGGGAAAAUCGUAAGUAA